UAUCAUUAAAAGGUUUCUUUGAAUUUGAUGUGUAAAUUUGAUUAAAUUGUGGAAUGUUUCUUGCAUAUUCGAUGACAAGGAACAAAAUCAUGCGGCGCAAUCUCAAAGACGCUACGUAUUAGAGGUCACGUGAUAUGCUAUCAGGUGACAUCACUGAAGUCGAGGAUUUCCUGCAGCAAAAUGAUAAACUUGCUCGAGAAAUUAUCGCCCGAAGAAUGUCCUAAACUCGUACACAUGGUGGCAGAUGAAGUGUGCGGGCGACGGGGUCCCAGACGGUCAGAUUACAGUGACCGGUGGAGUUUGACUGAAUGGAUGGAUUUAAUGAAUAGCCUCUCAUCUUUUAUCCGUUUUGCUGUAGGGAGAGGUUGCACAGAUCAAGAGGUUCGGGAGCUACUGAGUGAUUUAGACACGGCACGUACAGAGGCUGUUCUGCAGUGUGUGAGGUCCAGGUUCGAUGAGAUCAGACAUGCUUUGGUGGACAGGACCAAUGCCAUCUCAAGCACACAGCUACAGGACUUCAACUGGCAAAUAAAGCUGGCAUUAUCCAGCGAUAAGCUUUCAGCCUUAAACACUCCUCUGCUAAAUCUCAGUCUGGACUUAAAAGAUAGUGGAACUCAGAGAUCUACAAACAUAGAAAUGAACAAAGAGGAGCUACAAACACUCAUCAGUGCACUCGAGGCAGCUAAUAAGGUGGUACUGCAAUUGAAAUGAAGACACCGACUGGUAUUUUUUUCUGAUGUCUGUAUUGAGACAAUGCCGGCAAACAGGAAUGUACACAAAGACUCUGGAAACGGUAGCUUUGACUCUUGGCUAUUCACACAGAACUCAAAAGACUGUAUUGUUGGCCAGGUGAAAGCUUGGUCAUAAUCGACAAGAAUUGACCGGUUAGAGGUGCCAAAUGAUUUAUAAUCUUUAUUAUAAAGUCAAAUCCAAGGUGCCCAGUCUGCAAUGUGCUCUAAAUCAAGUUCUCUUGAUUUAAUGCCCUCAUUAUUCCCAAUCCCAGGAGGCCUGAGGGUCGUCGGUUUGUGAACACGCUUAACCCUCAAAUAAAGUUGCAGACAUAGUGUUUUGAUUUCUUUCACAGUUGUGUGUGUUCAUAGUAACGCAAGCACAAAAACAGCUCUUCACAUUUCAGUUGGUUUGGUGAGAUUUUAUUUGAAUUCAUUCAAAAUGUCUAUGAUUUAAAAUAAAGUAUCCUUAAGAACAACUGUGCUUACAGUCCUCAAUUCAGAUGCAUACAUACACUCAAAUACAAGCACCUUCUGAAUCUCAUUUAGUCAGUCAAGCAUUCUCCUACGACACACUCGCAUCGGAGUGCACAAACCACAGGUUUAAGUGCAAUUACAGAAAUCGUACAUGGCUAAUGGUUUGUAAUAGGAUAGUGUUCAAAAAUACGCUUAGGAUAGGUUUGCUUUUUGUUUGGUUGUUUUUGGCAUUUGCUGUUGUAGGCCAAAACACCUUGCAUUAGUGAUAAAUGGUCUAUCAAGUUUGUUGUAGUUUCAUGUGUACGUGUUUUGUGUAUUCAUGCUAAAGCGAAUUUGAAUAUGCUUUGUUUAUACAUUUCCAUUCUCAAGAUGUCUUUGAUUAGUUUAAAUGGAGAGUCUCACAAUGUUGCUUCACUUUUGAUCGAUAACCAAGAAGAUUAUCUUCCAGGCAGCUUGUCACUGAAAUAUUAGUGUUUGCACAGCAAGCGACUUAUUUACAUGCCACUUUAUGUAAUUAUAUAGCUGAUGAUGAUAUCAAUAUCAAUGCAGGGCAUUACAAAAGCCCUUGAAAGUACCCUUAUGUUUGAUUACGUUAUUGUGCUUCCCCUGCGUAAUCAUCGUUCUCUGUAAAAAUGGAAAUUCGCUCAGAAUAAUUUGACUCUUCUGUUGUAUGUGAAACCCUGUAAAAAGAACUGUCUUAGAAUGCACAGGUUCAGCCAUAAAGACAAAAACAACAAAUUGGUUGUUAUUUCCUGUCAACUAUUAUUUUGGUUAGUGUCGUUAAUACAUAACAAACAACAUAGUGAAUGUUUAAAGCUAAACGCAUGUGCAUACAGAAAAUACACAAAAUUCCUACACUAUAUAAAUAGUUAUAUAUCAACAUAUGAUUCCCAUAUUUAGGUCAGAUUAUUAGUGUCAGGAAGAUAAAUUGCAAUGCCUGUUUACAGUAAAGCCUUAGAUUGGAUCAAAGGGAACAAACAAAAGGAGGCCAUGUAUUAUAUUUCUAAAUUCUCUUUUCUUGUAACUCUUGCUAUCCAUACUGGGCUUUAAAGUAGUAAAGUCAACCGCCACUUUAAAUGAAAUGAUUAGCAGGUGGUUCUUGGGUUUAUAAAAAGGAGCACAAAACCAUGAUGACAUCAUUUUUCUUUCCUGAUAUGUUGUAAUGUACAAAUUUAUAUACUGUGAGGAAUUGUGAAGUCAAUAAAUUCCUGCUUGUCAUCGUGUUUUGUAUUUUGCUGUAUACUUAUGUUUGGCAUUAGAUUAGCGAGAACUGAUUUUAAGCACAAAAAGUAUGUUAAGCACACAAAGACACUGGCACACAUACACAGAAGAGCUACAUUGUGUGUUAAGGUGUAAUCUUUAGCAAGCCUUGUACAUACGGUAACUCUAUAUAUAGAAGGACUUUUCUGGGUUUAAUACAAGAUAUACAGUAAGGUCAAACUCUAAUAGGUGCUAUAAUGUUGACUACAAAAAAAUAUUUUUUAGGUUUUCUUUAAGCAAACAGUAUGGUUAUAGUUACACUAACAAUGAAGUGGGUUUAAUUAUAGGGUUGGGAAUCGAAAAUCAAUUCCAAUUUGGAAUCGGAAUCGAAAGGCUAGGAAUCAGAUCGGAAUCGAAAGGAAUAGGAAUCGGAUACUUGAGAUUAAAAUUUGAAUUCCUCUUAUCAAUUCCUGUGUGCAUAUUUUCAGAAAAGUACAUGCGUUGCAUCAUCUGCUGAUAUCUCAAUAAAAGCCCUUAUGAAAAUUAUCAAUAUUUUUUACUAUA